UUUCUCAGCCUUGUGAGUUAUGGAGUUAUUAGUUUUUUCCUUUAUGUCAUUUUUCCUUUUGGCAAGUACUCUUUCUACAUCUAAUUUCGAAGGGAAACAACGCUCUUUCUACCGUCAACUUCGUUUUACCGGGGAGCAUGAGUAUGCGGUAGUUACUUAUGACGCACUAGAAGGGUUAUAUGGGAUAGCAGCAACUAUGAACGUGUGGCAGCCAACGGUCGAGAGGGGGACCAUAAGUAGAGAGUAUAGUUCCGCUCAGAUUCGAAUCCGAGCAGGAACGGAUGACGAUUUUAAUGUCAUUGAAGCUGGAUGGCAUGUCUAUCCAUGGUAUUAUAGUAUGCAGGGCGAAAACGGAGAACCUUAUAAAGCAAGACUUUUUAUUUCCUGGACUAAUAAUUCGUAUGCAAGUGCAUGCUACAAUUUGGAUUGUGGUGGAUUUGUGAUGGAAAAUAAUGGGGUAGAACUGGGAAGUCCAUUUGAGCCAACAUCGUUGUAUGACGGUGGACAAGUAGAUAUCGUUCUCGCAAUAUGGAAGGAUGCCCAGUUAAGACGAUGGAAGCUGAUGUACAAUAACAUAAUAGUGGGUCAUUGGCCAGAAGAGUUGUUUACUCACUUGAGAACAAGAGGAACCGAGGGGGAAUGGGGUGGUGAGGUGUUCAACACCAAACACAACAAUAGAUUCACAUCAACACAAAUGGGUUCUGGCCACGAUGCAGCCGAGGGAUAUGGAAAAGCAGGUUAUUUCAAACAACUCUUAGUUGAAACUUCAGGUACCGGACAUCAGUGGAUUUCACCCCAAAGCCUUAGAGGAGAAGUAAGUGACCACAACUACUACACCAUACGUUCUGAAGAUGACAUUGAUGGCUUGGGCAAUGGCGGCUUCUACUAUGGAGGUCCAGGCAACACCAAUCCUUAAUGGAAAUUGAUGUUUAUCCAGAUUAAUAUGGAGGUCUCACUGUGUAUCUGAGACUACAAUACUUGUAUUGUCUUUUUUUUUUGUUUUGCUUUGUCUGAAAUAAACAAUGGUGGCUUUUCCAUGGCAAUUGAAUACUAUAACCUUCAAUCUCAACCAUUGGAUGGUUUCUCUUUAUCCCUUAUUUGAAGUACACUAUCAAUGUAAACAUUGUAUUUGUCAAUAUUCAACAAUGGCGGA